AUGGCACCAAGACGUGGUGGUGGUUCCUCCGGUGGCGGUAGUAGCUCCAGUUCCUCCAGCUCCAGCAAAUGCAGUGGUCCCGCAUUUAGCUCACAAGCAGCGCAAAUUGCCAUCGCGUUCCAUGCGCUCUUCUUCCUCGUCUUCUGUGGGCUGUUCUGCGUCGCAGCCUUCAAGCUGAUCCGCAGCAAGCAGAAAGGAGUAGCCCUACGACGAUGGUUCCCUCUCGGCCUCUCGAUCACCUUCAUGGUCGUUGCGGUUAUGUUCUUGAUCGUCCUCUUCACGCUCCUCCAAUGUGACAUCGCAUCGGUCACUGUGUACCAGCUCGUCGGCCUUGUGCCAACUUGGCUUAUACCCGUGGCACACUUCCUGCUCAUUGCCGUGAUCAUGAUCCCCAUCUGCAAGCGCCUGCUGCAGGGCAACCGGAAAAUCGCAAAGAUGGUCACCACCGUCCAUACGGGCUAUAUCGUCGUGCUUGGAAUCGUCCUGCUCUGCUAUCUAGCCAUCUUCACCCACCUCAUCGAUACAACCUAUCGCACCGGUGCCCGGGUGAGUUCCAGCACGUUACGACUUCAUCAAAGGCGACUAGCCACCGCGUAUUACGCCCUUUCGGUAAUCGGAAUGCUGAUGGCAGCUGCGAAUAUGCUGUUCGCACUAGUCCGCGGCCGUCAUCUGCGACGAGGAAUCCUCCUCCCCGCCAUCGUGCUCCUGGUCCUAUCGUCCUUGGGAAUGACCGCUCUCAACCUCGCCAACCAUAUCAUCAUCGAUUACCUGCAGAGAGAAUUAUUGCGCAAGGGCGUCGCAGCAUUCAACCGUUCGAUGGAGGCCCAGACAUUCCUGAAAUAUUUCUUCUACGCCGCGACCUUCCUCACGGCUCUCCUUGUCGCCUCGUCGAAGCAACUGUCCGACAACGCCUCCACCGGGCCCGUGACGCAUCUCCCCAACCAACCGAAGUACUACCCUCAGCAGCCUUACAGGGCUUAUCAGCCUCAGCCUCAGCCUCAGUCUCAGACCCAGCAGAGCUAUCGGUAG